AUGGACGAGAAGCUCAUACAGCGGUUAGAAUCGGCGGUGUCGCGGUUGGAGUCGCUCUCCGCCGGAUUCCAACCCUCCGCCUCGCCGGUCGACCCUUCCGAUGCGGCGCGGGAUCCGUCCGUCGUCGCAUUCGCCGAUCUGACCGACCAGUACGUCGCUAGGGUUUCCCGCGCUGCAGAGGUUAUCGGAGGAAAGGUCUUGGAUGUGUCCAAAUGUUUGCAGGAAGCUUUCGUUGUUCAGAAAGAGCUUUUGAUUCAGCUCAAACAAACCCAGAAGCCUGACCUUGCUGGGUUGGCUGAAUUUCUGAAACCAUUGAAUGAAGUGAUCACGAAAGCUGCCAAAUUGACUGAAGGAAGGAGAUCUGAUUUUUUUAAUCACUUGAAAGCUGCUGCUGACAGUCUCUCAGCGCUAGCAUGGAUAGCAUAUGCAGGGAAGGAUUGUGGUAUGAGUAUGCCAAUUGCACAUGUGGAAGAAAGUUGGCAAAUGGCUGAGUUUUACUGCAACAAGGUGCUUGUAGAGUACAGAAACAAAGACCCAAAUCAUGUUGAGUGGGCUAGAGCUCUUAAAGAGUUGUAUCUACCUGGAUUGAGAGAUUAUGUCAAGAGCUAUCAUCCUUUAGGCCCUGUUUGGAGUCCAACAGGAAAAAUAUUUGCUCCAUCAAAAGCUUCUGCUCCUGCAGCACCUGCCGCCCCUCCCCCUCCAUCUGCUUCUCUCUUUAGUUCUGAAUUAUCUCAGGCUUCAUCUUCUAAGCCUAAAUCUGGGAUGUCGGCUGUUUUUCAACAAAUCAGUACAGGAAAUGUCACUUCAGGUUUGAGAAAGGUUACGGAUGAUAUGAAGACUAAGAAUCGCAGCGAUAGAAGUGGAGUUGUUGCCACUAUUGAAAAAGAAAGUCGUGCAAGUCCAAGAGUGCCUUCUAAAGCAGGACCUCCAAAAUUUGAACUUCAAAUGGGCCGCAAAUGGGUUGUUGAGAAUCAAAUCGAGAAGAAAGACUUGGUCAUUGGAGACUGUGAUGCAAAGCAGUCUGUAUAUGUUUAUGGAUGCAAAAACUCUGUUUUGCAGAUUCCAGACAAGGUCAACAAUAUAACUAUUGACAAAUGCACAAAGAUUGGAGUUAUAUUUAAGGAUGUUGUUGCAGCAUUUGAAAUUGUAAACAGUAAUGGGGUCGAGGUUCAAUGUCAGGGUGCAGCCCCUACAAUUUUAGUGGACAACACUUCUGGCUGCCAGCUAUAUCUGAGCAAAGACUCAUUACAAACAUCCAUAACUACAGCAAAGUCAAGCGAGAUCAAUGUCUUGGUUCCUGGUGCUGAACCUGACGGUGAUUGGGUGGAGCAUUCUUUGCCACAACAAUACAUUCAUUUGUUCAAGGAUGGGCAUUUUGAAACAACUCCUGCUUCUCAUUCCGGAGGUUAA